AAGGAUUUGAGCCCGUAUCAAAACCGGAAAUUUCAAUAGUAUCGGGUCGGGCUGUCGUCUCUCCAAAUAUCAGCCAUAACGAAGCCUACCCGUCGCCCGUUGUCGACGUUACUCCCGACCCAACAAAAUUCUAAACCCUAAACCCCGGGGAUGGAGACGUAGCUGAAGAAGAAGGCUGUUCUCGAACCUGCAAUCAUGUAUGGCGGUGAUGAAGUGUCUGCAAUAGUUAUUGACCUGGGCUCGCACACCUGCAAGGCUGGUUAUGCAGGCGAAGAUGCUCCUAAGGCCGUCUUCCCAUCGGUGCUUGGGUCUAUUGAUCAAAUGGAAGUUGAUGACCCUGCAAAUCCUGAAAAUAAUUCUGGACCUACUCCAGACUCUAAGAACAUUGUCAAGACUUUUGAUUCAGACAAAGCAAAGGGAAAACGAAAAUUAUAUGUAGGAUCUCAAGCCCUAGGUUUUCGGCGGGAUCAUAUGGAGGUGGUGUCACCUAUAAAGGAUGGAGUUAUUGCUGAUUGGGAUAUUGUUGACAGCAUAUGGGACCAUGCUUUCAGGGAAUGCUUGCUGGUUGAUCCCAAAGAGCAUCCAAUGCUACUUGCAGAGCCUUCUUCCAAUGCUCAACAGCAGAGAGAAAGGACAGCAGAGCUUAUGUUCGAAAAAUACAAAGUUCCUGCACUAUUUUUGGCCAAAAAUGCUGUCCUCACAUCAUUUGCAUCAGGACGUGCUACCUCCUUGGUUGUUGAUAGUGGGGGUGGAUCAACUACUGUUGCACCAGUGCAAGAUGGUUAUGUUCUUCAAAAGGCUGUGGCAACAUCUCCUAUUGGGGGAGAAUUUCUGACUGAAUGCAUGAUGAAAAGCUUGGAAAGCAAAGGCAUCAUAAUAAAACCCAGAUAUUCAUUCAAAAGAAAGGAAAAUCGGCCAGGAGAGUUCCAGACAGUGGAUGUUGAUUUUCCCAAUACUACGGAAAGUUACAAACUCUACUCUCAGAGGGUAAUUGUCAGUGAUAUCAAGGAAUGCGUGUGUCGAGCCCCAGAUGCCCCAUUUGAUGAGAGUGGAUAUUCAAACAUUCCAAUGACACCAUAUGAGCUUCCUGACGGGCAGACAAUAGAAAUUGGAGCUGAUAGAUUCAAGAUUCCAGAUGUUCUAUUCAAUCCAUCUUUGGUUAAGAAAAUUCCUGGUAUGGAAAGUUCCGCAGAAGCUGCUUCAUCUGUUCGUGGUCUGCCACAAAUGGUUAUAGAGAGCAUUAAUAAAUGUGACGUGGACAUCCGUAGAGAUCUGUUUAGUAGUAUAUUGCUUGCUGGUGGUACAGCAUCAAUGCAACAGUUGAAAGAACGUCUGGAGAAAGAUUUGCUGGAGGAGUCACCUCAAGCUGCUAGAGUUAAAGUUUUGGCAAGUGGCAAUUCAACAGAAAGAAGAUUCAGUGUUUGGAUAGGAGGAAGUAUAUUGGCGUCUCUUGGCUCAUUCCAGCAAAUGUGGUUCUCCAAGGCUGAGUACGAAGAGCAUGGGGCUGCUUAUAUUCAGAGAAAAUGCCCUUAGCACUGCCCAUUUUUUAUCCAGUCAAAUGACAUCCGUUUAAUUUUAUGUGGACGGGUAGAAGAUUCCCUGAAGAACCAAUAGGCCUCCACUCUCACUAGGCCACUACCACCAUCAUCGGCAUCAUCAACUGGUUUCAGUUAUUCAAGCCACUUGCGAGCUUAUCACAUUUUGAAGAGUUUCCGGAUCUCUGUGCUUCAUAACCUUGUGUCCCCACUUCUCUUCCAAAUGAUGUCUUGGAUGGAUAUACAUGUAGCAUGCUACAUGGAUUUGUACUGUUUAUCUUUUUUUCUUUGUAACCUUUUAAUCUCCCCUUAACACUGCUGCUAGCUUAGUUUAACACCCAUCAUGUGAUGGUUCUACUGAUUCCCAUGUUAAGAAUGUUUGUUUAUAACUUCUGAGAAUGAAAGCAUACUUGGACCUUCAAUUACAUCAUGUAAUUUAUAAUAUUUUUUUCUUA